ACUUUAGACUCUGGACUAAAGAUGGACUUGUGCUCAUGUUGUUGGAGGCUGAGAUGUUGGGGAACGAGGGAUCCCGUGUUCCUCACUGGAGUGAGUUUCCCACCUGAUUGGCCCGUCUACAGCGAGACACUUAUUAAACUCAGCGUCUACGGUGUGAACGACGGCCAGCAGCAGACGAGCAACUUCUUGGGAAGUAGCAGCUUCUCUGUGGCCGAUCUCCUCCAGUCUAAGGACCAGCAGCUUUCUCUCAGCCUGAGGACAGCAGAUGAUUCAGCUACAGUGGGCACAGUGGUGGUGAGCCGGAUGAAGAUGGGUGAGAUUGAGGAUGGUGAGGUGGACCACUUUACCACCGACAUGCACCGGAAGUGCACGCUGGUGUACGAGUCGUCACAUGGAAGUGUUAAUGACAAAGACAACGGACCAAUAAUGAAUGCUGUGUUUAAGAACGCGGUGUGUAAGGUGUACAGGUUUCAGACAGUGGACAGUAAAUGGAUGUUGGUUCGGGAGCAGAUGGCGGAGUGUACGCUGUCCUUCAGCAUCCCGAAGCAACUCAUCGCCCUCUACAUUCAGGAGGACACCUGCAGGAUACAGGAGCUGAAAGAUCUGGGAGAGCUCUCACCACACUGGGACAACCUACGGAAGGAUGUAAUCUCUCGCUACGACCAGAUCAUCAAAGAAUACCAGGACACGCUGGCGGAGCUGGAGAAACUUACUGGCCCGUCGUUCAAGCCCAGCUGCAGCAAAGGCCAGAAAUAUCUGGAGUUCAUUCCCAUCAACCUGCACACACAGAGAAUGCGGGUGACGUGUCCAAGGAAAACAGAUUCCUUCUAUGAUGUGGUCACAGUAGGAGCUCCGGCAGCCCAUUCGCAAGGCUUCAAGAACGGAGGCUUGCAGAAACUGCUCAGCAAAUACGAAUCCGAGAAGAAGAGCUACAGCACGGCAUAUCAGUGCAUUUACUAUCCUCCAGAACAGACGGCCAAGGCCCGCGAGAUCCUGUGUGUGGUGUCCCAGCUGCAGCCGCACAUCUCUGCGCUGGCCGACCAGCUGCUCCAGACGGCCCAGCAGAGCUCCAGCCAGCCUCUCCGAGACGUCCUCAAGAGCCUGGAGGAGAAGACGGAGCAGUUUGUUCACGCUCUGAAGGAUGAGUUGGUGAAGAGUGCUCUCCUGGCGCUGCAUGCCGCCCGUCCCGGAUACGUCAGCAAGAGUCAGAGCUCCGCUCCGUCCAGCCCUGCCCCAGCCACAGCCGAUCCGCACCCCAGCGCCACCGAGAAGCCACACAGCGUCUGCAACAAUGUGGAUGGCUCCCAGACGCCGCCGAGAGAAAGCCGAGCGUCGCCCGUCCACUCCGACUCCAUCCCGCACCACAAAGAGUACGACGAGGAGGAAUGGGACAGGGUCUGGGCCAGUGUGGCGAAGAGUUUGAACUGCGUCAUCGCCCUGGUGGAUAAACUACAGGAGCAAGACAACAACAACCAGGAAUCAGCGCCCAGCCACCCGCUGGCAGACGUCAUCACCUCACACAGUCCCGAUCCUCCCGUGACAGCUGCGGUUUGGUGGGAUCAGCUUGGCAUCCUGGUUCAGUCAUUGAAGGAGUGUGUGGCAGAUGUAGCGGAGAGAGCGAGGCGCUCAAUGAGCUUCGUCCUGCUCCAGGAGGCGGUGUGCAGCACGGCCCAGGGCCUGCAGCUGCAGCAGAGACGGGAUGCUGUCUUCAGCCAAGCACUGGCUGCGCUGGCAUGUGGAUUUGUCAUGCGAUUAUACGCAGGUUUGGAGGAUAAGGGCUUUCUCAGACAGCUGCAUGCCGUCGGGCUGGUGGCCCAGUUUGAGAGCCUGCUGAGUACUUACAACCGCCAGAGACGGUCAAUACAUGGAAGACGAAUACAGCCAAGUCAUGAGGAUAUAAGCUCAAGCAUCUUCUGUAAGUACAGACAGACCAAAGAAGAGGAAUUGGAGGAAAGGCAUAGAGGAGCAGAUCUGGCCAUUAGUGGGUCAGAGCAUCCUGUCCCAAUGAGCCCUCUUCUUCCUGCGCUGAAAUCCAUAGCGGACAAUGUGUUGUCGAUUUUCUGGCAAAAAGGUCUACGACUGCUGUCCUGUAAUUCUUCCAAAUUGACUGAACAACCUCCUUGUGUAGGCACCAUUCCCCUGGUCUUGGUCCCGAAUGGGAAAUUGAAUGACGAGCAGGUAGCCAUUGUGCAGCUACUGCAGGGUAGCUCACGCUAUGCCCAAUAUGCUGGGAACGAGACUCAGCUGCCCUUACCCUGCGCUCAAGGGCCUCCUGAGCAGCUGGACCGAAGAUUUGACCAGACACUAAUGGCAAUUGGCGGAGGUUGUUGCGACAUACCUCAGGGAGCCUGGACUGAGCCAGCCACACCUGCCGUCUUGCUUGUAGACCGUUACACUGUCGAGGUGCCUCUCCCACAUCAUGCCUUCCAAACGCUCCCGGAUGAGCUGCGCCAGGGCAAGCCGCUACGCGUGCUCCCCGUGCUCUUCAACGUGGGCAUCAACGAGCAACAAACCAUCGCUGAGAGAUUUGGUGAUAUAUCUUUACAGGAGAGAAUAAACCAGAAGAACUUUGAGAUUCUUGAAGGUUACUAUAAAUCCUUAACCAACACGCUGCCGUCUGAAUGCCUGCCUUGUUUUCAGACACAGACAGACAUCAAGGAACUGCUCGACACCCUCGGCCAGAAUGUAGUCACCAAGAAGAGAAAGAACGUGGAGAUCCUGUGGCUUGCAGGAAUGAUCUGUCGACGGAUGAAUGGUAUCCGCUUCACCAGCUGUAAAAGUGCCAAAGACAGGACGUCCAUGUCAGUGACACUGGAGCAGUGCUCUCUGCUGAGGGACGAGCACCAGCUCAAUAAAGAUUACUUUGUGCGAGCUCUGGACUGCAUGCGGAGCGGUCUCUUGGCCCAGGGAGAGGUUGCCCAAUGGGACGACCCUGAAGCAGGCUCUGUAGCUAUUAACAAGCCGGCGUCCCGCCACUUCUAUCCGAUCGCCCUUCUGCUUGUCAGCUCCCACCUGCUAGUGGUGUGGCUCAUUUUAAGUCUUGUUUUUUUGCUUGCAAAAUACCAAUAAACUGCUGAUUAUGCCAUAA